CGACUUGGCAGCACCACCCUCACCGGAACGCUAAUCUCACAGCCCCGUCAUUUUUCAAAAGCCAACGCUUUCUCCACGUCGUACUUUCUCCUCCCAAUAAUCCAAUCGUUCACCCGUUCCCACUUACGCCUCACAGCUCCGUCAACUUACCACCAUCACUUUUAAUUUGACCCCUCUUGCCUUCUCCUUGUCCGAAAACAAAACUCCGAAUUUCUCACUUCUUUCUCUCUCCUGUCUCUCUCAUGGCAGCAGUGAAACCCUAGGGGACGAGCAGACAUGUCUCUGCGCAGAGCCUUCCGGUCCCGGAAAUUCUCCAAAUCCUUCAGGGAGCUGAAGGCGGAAGAGGAAGAUCAGGCGCGUGGCGGUCGCCGACUCGCCGACCACUUGGAGGACCGAGUCGGCAACUCGUCGUCGUCGUCGGCAUCGUCAUGGUCGGCCAUGCUCCCGGAGCUCCUCGGCGAGAUCAUGCGGCGAGUGGAGGUGAGCGACGAGCGGUGGCCGAACCGCCGGAACGUCGUCGCUUGCGCGUGCGUCUGCAAGCGGUGGAGAGACGUCGCCAAGGAGAUCGCCCGCUCUCCUUCCCGCACUGGCAGAAUCACUUUCCCUUCUUGCCUCAAACAGCCAGGGCCGCGCGAUUUACCUCAUCAGUGCCUCAUAAAAAGGAAUAAGAAGACUUCCACGUUUUACCUAUAUUUGGCCCUUACCCCAUCAUUCACAGAUAAGGGAAAGUUUCUCUUAGCUGCACGGAGGUAUAGGCAUGGGGCUCAUGCCGAGUAUAUAAUAUCGCUUGACGCUGAUGACCUAUCACAAGGCAGUAAUGCUUACGUUGGAAAGUUGAGCUCGGACUUUCUUGGCACCAAUUUUACAAUCUAUGAUAGCAAGCCACCACACAAUGGUGCAAAGCCAUCAAGCAGUAGAUCUAGCCGUCGUUUUGCAAGCAAACAAAUAAGCCCCCAAGUUCCAGCAGGCAACUUUGAGGUUGGGCAUGUCUCUUACAAGUUCAACCUCUUGAAAUCAAGAGGUCCGAGAAGGAUGGUUUGCUCGUUGAAUUGCCCAUGGUCUGGCGAGUCGUCUGUUGACAAAGCUCUAGACAACUCGAAGAUGAAGCAAUCUGAAUCUUCUGCUUCUGGCACAGUUUUGAAAAACAAAGCCCCAAGGUGGCAUGAAAAUUUGCAAUGUUGGUGUCUGAAUUUCCAUGGUCGGGUUACGGUUGCGUCGGUGAAAAACUUUCAACUGGUUGCAACAAUGGACCAAAGCCAACCGGGAGGAAAAGGAGAUGAGGAAUUAGUUCUACUCCAGUUUGGGAAAGUUGGGGAUGAUACUUUUACCAUGGAUUAUAGACGGCCCUUAUCAGCAUUCCAAGCAUUUGCCAUCUGCCUUACCAGCUUCGGCACAAAACUGGCGUGUGAGUAAUUAUAUUUUAUUUUGUAUGUUAAUUUAAGACCGUUAACUGUGGAGUUCGCCAUAAGUUCUCCACAAGGUUGUUUAAUUACCUAAGCUUUGAUUGGGGGAGCUUAUCGUGUACAUGUUAUUGUAUGAUUAUGGCAUGUCAUAUUGUAUUAAAAUUAUUAAUAACAAAGCACGAUUUUUUUUUUCUUUUUUAGAUUCUACAUGUAAAUUUGAAAAUAAUUACGUAAGACGUUGAUUUGAGGACUGAGCUUAAAGUUAAUUUGCUGAAUUUUAGUCGA